CCAUGAACGGCACUGAGGGACCUAACUUCUACAUCCCCAUGUCAAACGCCACUGGUGUGGUGAGGAGUCCAUUUGAAUACCCGCAGUACUACCUUGCAGAACCAUGGGCUUUCUCAGCUCUGGCUGCCUACAUGUUCUUCCUGAUUAUCGCCGGAUUCCCCAUCAACUUCCUCACCCUGUAUGUCACCAUCGAACAUAAGAAACUGAGGACCCCACUGAACUACAUUCUGCUGAACCUGGCCGUGGCCAACCAUUUCAUGGUGUUUGGCGGAUUCACCACCACGAUGUACACCUCCAUGCACGGCUACUUUGUCUUCGGCCCCACCGGCUGCAACAUCGAAGGGUUCUUCGCCACCCUCGGCGGCGAGAUUGCCCUCUGGUCCCUCGUUGUCCUGGCCGUUGAAAGGUGGAUGGUCGUCUGCAAGCCAGUGACCAAUUUCCGCUUUGGUGAGAGCCAUGCCAUCAUGGGUGUCAUGGUGACCUGGACCAUGGCAUUGGCCUGUGCCCUCCCCCCUCUCUUCGGCUGGUCUCGGUACAUUCCAGAAGGUCUGCAGUGCUCGUGCGGGAUCGACUACUAUACCCGGGCACCUGGGAUCAACAAUGAGUCCUUUGUGAUCUACAUGUUUGUCUGCCACUUCUCCAUCCCACUCACCGUCAUCUCUUUCUGCUACGGCCGACUGGUGUGCACCGUCAAAGAGGCCGCUGCCCAGCAACAGGAGUCCGAGACCACCCAGAGGGCUGAGCGGGAGGUCACCCGCAUGGUCGUCAUCAUGGUCAUCUCCUUCCUGGUCUGCUGGGUGCCCUAUGCCAGUGUGGCCUGGUACAUCUUUACCCACCAGGGAAGCACUUUUGGGCCCAUCUUCAUGACGAUUCCAGCCUUCUUUGCCAAGAGUUCAGCCCUCUACAACCCCAUGAUCUACAUCUGCAUGAACAAGCAGUUCCGCCAUUGCAUGAUCACCACCCUCUGCUGUGGGAAGAACCCCUUCGAGGAGGAGGAUGGAGCGUCCGCCACUGGCUCUAAAACUGAGGCUUCAUCCGUGUCCUCCAGCUCUGUCUCCCCGGCAUAA